CCGUAAUACAGUAACAUUUAACAUAAUGAGUGGAAACAUAACCAGUGGAACCUCAAUUACAAAAUGCUGAGUUUAACUUUAUGGUUUGGAUCCUUUCACUCCGCUAUUUGUCUACACUUUUUUCUUUUGUCAUUCCUUCCUUGUCCCAUUUCAAUGACUGCAACAUUUCAAAUUCGCCCAGCAAAGCCUUCCGACGCCGGCUUGAUCUUGAGUUUCAUUAAGGCUUUGGCCGAAUAUGAAAAGCUUGCUCAUGAGGUCACUGCCACCGAAGAGCAAUUGCACAAGAAUCUCUUCGAGCACAAGUACGCUGAGGUAGUUAUUGGAUAUCACAAGGAAAGCGAUGCCAGCGAAGAAGUUCCUGUUGGAUUUGCCUUGUUCUUCCACAACUUCUCUACAUUCGUUGGCAAACCUGGUAUUUACCUGGAAGAUCUUUUCGUCUUGAAGGAAUACCGAGGCUUCGGAUAUGGCAAGAAGCUUCUUACCCAUCUUGCUAAACUUGCAAGGGAUCGGGAUUGCGGCCGUUACGAAUGGGUUGUUCUAGACUGGAACGAGCCUUCUAUUGCUUUCUAUAAGGCUCUGGGAGCUGAACCUCAAAAGCAAUGGAUCAUCCAGCGUGUAGAUGGCAAAGCAUUAGAUGACUUGGCCAACAUGUAAUAUCCCUAUAGACAAUUCCAAGAUACUGAUGGAUUGUAAAUCAAAAAGUCUUGCUGUAAUAAAAUCAUACUUGACAGUCCGCAAACCUGUCAAAUAGAGAAAUGUUGCAUUAAUGUCGACGGUAACCAAAC